AUGAAAAUUUUGCACAACAAAUGGAUUACGAUAUAUAUUUUAAUAUGCCUACUUUUACUAAUUGGAAAUGUUCACGGUAUUUUUUCAAGUAAAAGUAAUGAUGCUACAAACGACAAACCAACAUUCAUAAAUGAAUUUUAUAAUCAUCUUAGUAAUCUAAAAGAUCAUAUUCUUAUAAAAAUGCUUGGAACUUUUGAAAGUUUGAAACAGCGGGAAGCGUUCAGACUUAGACAAAUUCAGUUUCGAUCAGAAUAUUUAAAAAAUUUUUAUCGUCAAAUAUUUGGGGUAAGAAAAUAUCUCAAUAAAGAAAAAGACCUAACUGAUUCAGAGUAUUUAGAGUCUCUUGAUAAAUUUCAAAGUCAAUUACCACAAUUACCGGAUGUCACAAUUGCUGAACUUUUUAAUUCACGUAUUUAUGAUGUUGACAUUUCACGAAGAGAUUAUAUUGCAUUAACUGGUUGUAUUCUGUGGGCUCCAUUAUGGUUUUGGUCAUUUUCACAAUGCACACUGGAUUAUGAUAGAUCUUUAGAUUUACUAUGA